AUGCCAGCAGAACCAUCAACUGCGCAGGAUAUUGAGGUGGCACAGGUCCGGGAAGCCGUCAAAGACCUUAUUCAUCCAAAGUACAACACGUAUUUUAAUAUUUUGCGAUGGAUCCAGGGAGCCAAUCACAAUUUGCCCAAGGCUACACAUAUGUUGCGAAAACACCUGAAAUGGAGAAAAGAAAAACGGCUGGACACCGAGUGCGCGACGCUACAGUACUGCAAGAUUGCGCAGGAACACGCGCCGCUUUGUAUUAUUGGACCAGCCAGCGACAGCGCUGAUCACAUUUUGGUGAUUGAUCAGGCCGGUCGAAUUGACGUUGGUGGUGUUUUGAAAUCCGUGCAGCCAACAGACUACAUCCACCAAUUAUACCGUAAUUUGGAAAAAAUACUUGGCAUUUUGAACGAGAUGGAAGCACGACUCGGCCGACAAUGCCAUGCUUACUACAUUUUUGAUUUGGACGGCCUCAGCUUUGAUCCGACGAUGCUUGGCACUGUAACCGGUCCGUUCCGUAUUUCAUGGGAAUUGAUGGCAAUGCAUUACCGUGAAUGGAUCGAUAAGUUUAUGGUCAUCAACGCGCCAGGGUUCAUGAAUCUUCUCUGGAGUGCUUUGGCCCCAUUUAUCCCAGAAGACGGUCGACAAAAGAUUAUGUUCCCAGGAAAAGGCUGGAAGGAUGAACUUAUUCAGCUUCUCGGAAAAGAAGGAUUACCUGAGAGAUAUGGCGGUCUUAUCAAAGAUUCGGAAGUCCUAAAAGCCCCAGUUCCAGUCCCGAAGGAGAAAUACUGGGCUCCAAAAGAAGGAGAACCACAUCCACAACAUCUUCACAAGAUCACCGUCCCAGCAUCAAAAACCCGUGACCUACUGUACAAAGUGCAGAUGGGAGACAAGCUAAAGAUGUACUCGCAGAAUGACGCUGAGCUGAUUUUUGGGUUCUCGUUUGCUUCCAAUAAGAACUGCCCGGAAGAUGAAUGGGAUCUGAUUGUGCCGGCUUGUCCAAGAGCCGGACUACCCGCUAUUGAUUGCUUAACCUGCGAAGCGCCAGAAGAUGGAUAUUAUAAGUUGACAAUCCAAAACCAAGCAUCCUGGCUACUGGCUUCGUCGUUUAAAGUAUUGGUACUUGAUGAUACCGGGAAAGAGCUACCUGCUGAGAAUCAACGUGAAAAAUGGAUUAAGCCGGGCCAAGUAUUCAAAUGU